AUGGUUAUGUCCGAUGCACAAACGCACUCGCGGACACCGUCCAGCUCCGGCGUCCAGCCCAACUUAGACACCUCCCAACCUCCGGCGACAUCAUCAACGACCCGCAAGACCCCCAUCUCUGUCUCUCCCUCGGGCUGCUUUGCAACCGACCGCAUCCUCAAAUCUGGAUACGUCCACAAACGUACUCAAAAGACCAAGACCUGGCGCACCAUCUACAUCGUGCUGCGGCCAACCACCCUCUCGAUCUACAAGUCCGACAAGGAGGAAAAGCUCCGUCGCAAGAUCGACCUCGCCGACCUGACUGCCGUCACCCUCCUCAAAGACCCCAAGGGCAAGCGUCAACACCUGUUUGGGCUGUUCAGCUUGUCGAAAAAUUACUACCUGCAGGCGCCAACAGAAAAGGAUGCGGCCGAGUGGGUGGAGCUGAUAAGGAGUGAGGCGAGGAUCGAUGAAGAGGAAGAGGAACUAUUCUUGGCUAGUCCGCCGGUACGGCAGGGGUCGUUUUUGCAGGCUGGGAACUUCGCGAGUGGCAGUUUGAGUGCCACGGAGGGCCGCAGCCCGGUCGCAAGGGCUGUGCCUGACCGUUGGGUGUCCAGCUCGCCCGAGCCGAUGGAAUUGCCCUCACGGACCAGCUUGAAACCGCCUUCUGCAGGCCGGCGAAUGUCGCAAAUUGAUUCCUCUGGCCUCUCCGGCGCCGAGUUCGCAACACACUCCGAUUUCUCCGACUGGGAACCCACCCGUCCCGGCAUAAAGGGCACAUCCUUUGAGUCUCUCGGCGCUCUUCACCCCGUUCCCGAAGGUGAAGGCCCUGAUGCUGUUCCCGCCGACCCGAAACGCUCCUCAACCGGCCCUCACCCCGACCCCUCCGAAGCAGACCGUGUCAUCUGGCAAGGUUACAUGUACCUCCUACGCACCCCCGCCCCGGGCGUAAAGCAGUGGAAAAAGGCCUGGGCAGUCCUCCGGCCCCGAAACCUCAUCCUAUACAAAGAUAGUGCCGAAUCGUCGGUGCUGUUCGUGCUGUACAUGGGCGCGAUUGUGAACGUGGUUGAGACGGAUCCGCUGAGCAAGAAGAAGAGGCAUUGUCUGCAAAUUAUCACAGACGAGAAGAACUACAGGUUUUGUUGUAGGGACGAGGAAGAGUUGGUGCAGUGUCUGGGAGGGUUCAAGAGCUUGUUGGCGAAAAGGAGGGAGAUUGAGAAGGGGAGGGCGGCUGCCGCUCAAGCAGGGGGUUCUGGGAAUGGGAGUGGAAGGAGUUCGGCGGGGGGUGAAAAUUCUCGAGGAGGGAGACAAGGGACCGGAGGGGGAGGAGGGUUGAUGAAUGUUGCGACGGCGAUUGUCAUGGCUAAUGCGGCUGCCACUGCUACGGGCGCAGCGUCGGCUAUAACGGUUGGGGAGGGAAAGUCGGGUGGUGAAUGGAGCAGCGGAGGAUUGGCUUCAUCUUCGAGUUCGUAA